AUGUCGCGCUCGGUCUCGCGCGCGAGCGCGCGGUCGACGACGCCGCGCGCGUGGCGUUCGAGCGACGCGCGCGCGCACAGACGCGGGGAUGGUUCUAAACGACCGACGUCAUCAUCGUCAUCAUCGACGCGCGCGCGGUUCGUUCGCGCGUCGCGCGACGACGACGACGUCUCAAUGCGCGCGUCGGUGGACGUCGUCGAUGGGGUUUUACCCUCGGAUGAGGUCGAGCCGCCGAUCGAGCGGCGCGCGGCGACGUCGUUUCCGCUCGCGUGUCCGGUGACGCUCAAGGCGUUGCGGGCGGAUGGAACCGAGCCGUCGAGCGGAUUGCGGUACGAAGAGGUCGAUGGAAUGUGGGAUCUCACCGUGGGCGCGGCGACGAACGCGCGAGAGGGAUCGAGAAAGCAGGCGUCGUCCUUGGUCGAUCUCGCUCGGGAGGUGUUACCUCGCGAGCUGCGCGGGUUACUGCCGACGAGCGCCUACUUCGGCACGGCGACGUUCGAGACGCCGCAGGUAGCUUUCGCGUACGAACGCGGGUGGCGAGACAGCUUCGCCAGAGCGGGAUUCCCGGGACCGGACGAGGAAACACGGCUCGCGAUGGACGCACUCGGUGAGUUCGCGAGGGACGGGAUCAUCGUCGACGCGAGCUGCGGAAGCGGUUUGUUCUCAAGACGCUUCCUGAAGACCAAGGCGUAUAAGGGCGUCGUGGCGCUCGAUUACUCGGACGCGAUGUUGCGUCAGGCGAAACAGUACAUGGAGGACGAAAAGCUCCUGGGUAACGCGGACGUGUGCUUUGUUCGAGCUGACAUUGCUCGAUUGCCGUUCCCGGAGAGCUCUCUCGACGGCGUACACGCUGGAGCGGCCAUUCACUGUUGGCCCGAUUCGACGACGGCCGUCGCAGAGAUUGCUCGCGUGUUGAAGCCCGGCGCGACGUUCUGUGGGACGACUUUCAUGAACCCGCAGGUGCCAUUCUUCGACGAAGACCAACAGGAAGUUUUCGACGGCGUCGUGCGCCAGUUCAGCGGCACCGAAAACGCGGCUCGCGGUUUCAGGUGGUGGAGCAAGAAGGAACUCAGGGAUCUUUUCACCGAGUGCGGGCUCGUCGAUUUUAAGUGCGAGACGCGACAGCAGUUUAUCUUUUAUAGCGCGAAGAAGCGAGUCGAGACGGAAUAA